AUGGCAAGUGAAGACGUGAUAGAAUUAGGCUCUUCUGAUGAUGAAGCAGAGCCAGCUACGAAAAAGAUAAAGCCCAUGCCUAAUGCAAUGGUUCAUAUUCCCAAUAAAAUACACGGUGUAACUAUCAAACCAACAAGACCCAAUCCAGUGGCAACUCCUAAAGUCUUAUCUGGCAAAAAUAUCACUGUCACUAAAAUCAACAGCAAGAAUAUAGUGUCAAAUCCAUAUGCAGCAAACAAAUUAAAUGGAAAAACAUUGAAGAGACCAACAUCAUCCUUCAUACAACCAACUAAGCAACUUGUGCAGGUCAAACCCUCAGUUAAUCCUAUGAUACCUAUAAGGCCUGUAUCACAUGCUUUAAUUCAGAAUAGACAAUUAAAUAAGUCUCUAAUUCAAAAUAAGCCUUCUGUUAAUCCUCUUCACAUUAUAAAAAAAAUUAAUUCACAAGUUGUAAUUAAUAAAGUUGCUUCUGGGAGUAGAUCAUUAAAAACUCCUAUCAAGAUCAACAGUCCAAAAACGAUCAACAAUUUACCACCUAGUAUUACAGUAACAAGGACUUCGGGUUCCAUGAAAAGAGCAGGCACAAAUGUAAAUAUUAAUACUCUACGUAAAAAACAUAAAAUUAACGAAGUUGUUAAGCCAGUUGUCAAUGAAGUUUUAACUGUUGACCUGGAUGAUGAUGAGUCUUCUUCAUCCACUGCUAGUCCACAGUGGUAUUUAAAACCAGAGGAACAAAGCACUGUUUCUGCAGAAGAAAUAAAUAAUAAAGAACCAGAGAAACCAUUAUAUGUCGAGAUCACUAUUGAGGAUAGUCCUGUUAAACCGCCAAACAAGAAAACUUGCGAAAUAGGUGCAGAAUUAGCUGUCACAAUUGAUGAUAGUCCAAUUAAGACAGUAACAAAUAAAAAUGCAGAUCAUGGUAGUGACACAGAAGACAAUCCCAUCACCAAAGAUAAACAUAGUAAGAAGAAAUUGGAAUAUCCACAGGAAGAUGAAUCUGUAAGCAAAACAAUUGAAAUUGAAAUUUCACCUUGUAUGCAGAAUGUAAUGAAUGCUGAAAGUGAUAUCAAGAAAAAUGAAAUAAUAGACACCAUUAUUGAGAUAGAAGAGUCUCCACUAAAAGUACAAGGUCAAGGUACAAGUACACCAAAAAAGGACCACAAAAGAUCAAAUUUUUCAACAGUAAUACCUGUACUAGAGCUUCGAGAGGAUGAUGAGUUAAGUGAAUUCCAUCCUGUUUAUCAGAAUUUCAUUAAAUUGUGCUUCCAAUUAGAAAAUUCAGAUGAUAUGAAAAAGAUAGUUGAGAAAAAAAUUAAAACAUACUACAGGCAGGUCCCUAAAAACUAUACCGAGUCAGAAGAAUUUAUCGACAUGGUGUCAAGUAAAAUUGUAGCAAUGAAGGCUGGUCCUGAAAAAAUGUAUUUAUACAUCAAAGAUAUUGUUGAUGAAUUGAAUUUGCAAAGGAAAAUGGCAAAAUCUCAAGUUUUGAGUGACAUUGCAGCCAAAAAUUCAGAUUCUGAUAAAUUUGUAUUUGGUGAGGAUAGUGAAUAUGAUUCAAAAAGGCAAAGACAAAUACGCAAACUAGAAAAAACUCUUAAGAAGCUUCAUAGAGCUAUACAAAAAUUGGAGGAGCAGGAAGUUGAUUUUGAUGAUGACGAAGACUCUGUUUACUUGCUUACUGAAAGUGACGAAGGCUGUACUUCCAAUAAGGAUAGUGAUAAACAGCUAGUGAAAGAUCCUAAAACUCUUUUGCUAAGAUACAAAGAAAGAAUGGUACGAGUCCAUGCGAAAUUCUGUCAGCUCACUAACACAAAAAUGCCAUCGGAGCCCCGUGUUCAAAUCGACGCUCGCCCAGGGCAACCGCAGGGCCCCGCAAAGAAGCUUGAGAAGUGGAUAAAUAAAAAGGUUCCUAUUGGAACCCCACUGCCUUUCCCCGACUUUCAUGAUGUGUUACGAUGCGUCAGGGAAGCCAAUGAGGAGGAUAAGUUAGGAUGGAACGAAGCGGAUGUUAUGGAAGAAGCGCGCGAUUUGUUUACGAGAUGCGGAAAGAAAUUGCAAAGACGACGGCAAGAGAAUGAAUGGAGAAUGGCAGCUUCUAGGAUAACAGUAGACGCAGAUCCCGCAGAGAAAAGUGAAGAUCUAAAAAUGAAAUUGACGGAAAACAAAAAGGUGGCAGCAAAGAGGGAAACCGAGAUUCUAAACAAAUAUGCUGAUAGGCAGAGUCAACUUAAACUAGAAGCAGAAGAAAUAGGUGACAAGGAAGCCGAAGAAUCGCCAGUAGAAAGCGACGAUGACGACAAUAUCGACGAGUCUUCUUUACAAAACAAGGAAAAAAGAAAAGAAAGACUUAAAAGACUGAUACAAGAAAAAUCCAAAAAGACCCCAGAAGUAAUUUCAGGCCCUACCAACGAGUCAUCUAACGAACGGACUGAAAAACAUAACGUUGAAAAGGAUAAUGAAGAUGAAAAGAAUUCGACGGUAAUUUCAGCUGAAAACAUAACUGAAGAAUCUAGUCUUGCAGCAAAUAAAGAAAAUGAUCAAACAAGUGUACAGGAAGAUAAGAGUGAAGCAAAUAAAGAAAACCAAUUAAAUCCAAAGGCUCAAGUUAUUGAAAAUAACAAACUAGACGACAUAAAUCCUAAUAACAAUUCCGAUACAAUCGAUAAAGUUGUAAAUUCUAACAGAGUUUGUGAUAAACCAAAGAAUGAUGAUAAUGAGAAAAUUCAUUCUCUUAGUGAUGACAGUAAUAAAGUAGAGUCUGAUAUAGAUGAACUGCAUUUACUACAAAAAUUACAUUCAGGAAAUGAAAUAAAUUAUUCAACUUCAGAUAUAUCAGGUUGUGAUACACCUAUUGCUAUAUCUGACACGCUUGAAUCUAGUGAGGACAGUAAAAAGCAAGUCGGUGGUGUAAUAAGCAUUGAAAAUUCCAGUUAUUCAGAAUCAGAAGAUAAGGAUCCAGUAGACGAUAAUGAUGAUAACCAGGAAAAUAUAUUAGAAAAAAAUAAGGAAAGCUUACCUUUCACUGAUGAAGAAAUGGAGCGUUCCACAUCUGCCAAUGAAAAGAAAGUCGUUACAACAAAUAACGACGAAUAUAAUGAAUCGAUUGAAGAUAUUUUAUUGGCAUCAACUGACGAUGAAGCCGAAGUUAAUAAUGAUGCAGUCAAGACCGUUAAUGAACAAGAAUGCGUCAACCUAAAGGAUGAUACUAUUUCAAUAGGUGACACAGUUGUAGAAGAAGUCAAAGGUAGUAGUGGAACUAAUACAUUAACAAAACACGAAGAUGCAAAUUCAAUUGAAAGUAUGACUUUAGUCUCCACGAAUGCGUUAGAAAGUCAAGAAGAUGCAAGUUCAAUUGAAAGUGUUACUUUGGCAGCAACAAAAGCAUCAGAAAAAGAAGAUGAUGCAAAAUCCACUGAAAGUGUGACAAUGGUAUCAACAAAUCAGUUAGAAAUGGAAGAUGAUGCUAAAUCAAUUGAUAGUGUGACUUUGGUAUCUCCUAAAGUAUUAGAAAAAGAAGAAGAUGUAAGGUCAAUUGAAAGUGUUACUUUGGUAGCAACAAAUGCAUCAGAAAAAGAAGAUGAUGCCAAAUCCACCGAAAGUGUGACAAUGGUAUCAACAAAUCAGUUACAAAAGGAAGAUGAUGCUAAAUCAAUUGAUAGUGUGACUUUGGUAUCUCCUAAAGCAUUAGAAAAAGAAGAAGAUGUAAGGUCAAUUGAAAGUGUGACUUUGGUGUCAACUGGUGAAGUUUCUGUCGAAUUAGAUAAAAAUGAGUUGCAGAACGCAAUGGAAAACAAUUCGACAGAAAAGCAGAAUGAUAUACCUUUCAUUGAGUCUUCAGAUAUGUUACUGAACAUUAACAAUGUGAAUGCAGCUGAACUCUCAAAAGAAAACGUCGAUAUUCAUAAACUUUCAGAUAACACUGAGAGAAAAGACAAUAAUGAAACUCCCAACUUCUUGAAAAUAAAUGAUAUUGAGGAGUAGAGUUAGCUGAAAAUCAAGAUAAACUAUCUGAGGAAUCUAUAAAUUUUUCAAACAGUGCAGUUGAAAGUAAAAUGGAAAUAGUUGAUGAUAUCUCAAGUAAAACACAGGAUUGA